CCAUCAUUUUUCGAGUGCUUUGUCUGCGACGCAGGCAAAAAUCAAAACUGAAUCGAAAUUGAAAGCGAGUGCAGACACCACUUUCAUUAGCAUUUUUAAUGCUGUGUUGUUAACCUUUGCAUUUGAACCCUGUCGAAAUGUUUCCUGGUCUGGUUGUGUCAUCUGUCAGUUCAGCUGUCAGGUCGACUUAUAGGCCAUUUUAAUUUAUUUUAGCCAGGCGUCAACAACUGUCGUUCGCCAUGAGUUUAUCUUUAAUGCGGAAACUUCUCCCACCGAAAAAGAUGUGGACCGUGGCCGGGACUACAAUGCAAGUGCGUCACCAUGCCCCCAUUGCUGGUCCACCGCGAUUUCCAAUGUCGCCCGGACAGAAGCUGAUCAUGGGCGGGGGUUCAAUACUGGUCAUGAUGAUCAUCCCCUUCUGGGCUCUCUUCCAAGUUCCCCGUUGGUCUAAACUGCACAACGGCAUCGAGGAAGAGGUCGAGGAGAAGGAGCAGGAGGAGGCCGCUCCGCCCGAGAAGGAGCCGCCCCCACCAAAGGACGAAAAGAACGAACAGAAGCACUAACUACUCAAAGAUGAAGACACUUCGGACACGGUGCAAUGUCCAUCCACACGUUGUAUACUUUUAAACGGUGACUUCUAAUGGACUCUUUUACUGGGGCCAACGCACACUUCCACCCACUACCAUUCCACAUUCCACUGGAAUCUUGUAACACCCACACUGAGCACCCAAAACUACAUAAAUAAUUACAAAUUUACAAUGUACAGAUACAAAAUAAUGCCAACGCUUAGCAACAGCGUGUGAAUUAAAGCGAUGUUAUUGCAGCCCUAAAGAAACUA